AUGGCAGAGCCAACGGUUGUCGCAUCGCCUCAAGGCACCAAGCGCACCAGAGAUCAAGUCGAGGCCGAGGACGCGACUCGGCAGAUUGACAAUGCGACCAAUGAAGACGCCGAUUCCACAUCUUCGGAUGACGACGACGACAUUGGUCCAGCACUGCCUUCAGCAGCGGCUCCCAAGACUAAGAAGCGUAGGAAACUGCCAUAUGAGAAACUCUACGUCGCCGCUCUGCCUGCCUCGCCUCGCUACUCGAAGUCCAUGAUGCACCAAGACCAACUAUGCUUCAAUACCUUUACACCUCAUACCGACUUUCUCAUUACCACCUCAAUCGACGGCGUAGUCAAGUUCUGGAAAAAGGUUGCAGAUGGGAUAGAGUUCGUCAAGGAGUUCAAGGCACACGAGGGAGAGGUUAGGAGCGUCAGUGUGAGCGCUGAUGGUCGUAGUUUCGCGACUGCUGGUGUCGACGGCUCUGUCAAAAUCUUCGAUGUCAUCACCUUCGAUCUCCUGGCUAUGCUCACUCCCGAACGCGCGCCCAGAUCUGUGUGCUUUGUACACGGCCGCGGUGCUUCUCUGCCACUAUUGGCCGUUUCUCACGAACAAAGUCCUCAAAUCACCAUCUACGACGGGAGAGGCGAGAACACGACGCCCUUGUACGAGCUGGAGAAGUUACACAAAGUUUCGGUGUCGCUCAUGUCGUACAACCACCAUCACGACUGUGUUGUAUCUGUCGACGAAGGCGGCAUGGUCGAAUACUGGAGUCCUACCAGCAACUACGAAAAGCCAGACAACGUCUUUGCUAUCAAGAGCUCAACCAACUUGUUUGACUUCAAGAAGGCCAAAUCCGUUCCCUCAUCCAUCACCAUGUCUCCUACUGGCCAGCAGUUCGCAACCAUGUCCUUUCCCGAUCGCAAAGUCCGCAUCUUUGACUUCCCUACUGGCAAACUGUACAGAACCUAUGACGAAUCACUUGCUACCAUUACCGAAAUGCAGCAGGCCGGGACUGCUAUCGACAGGUUAGACGAUGUCGAGUUCGGUCGAAGACUGGGUGUUGAGCGUGAAAUUGAGCAUCCUGCCGUUCGCGCUCGUAUCAAUGUUAUCUUUGACGAGACCGGCAACUUCAUCCUUUAUGGUUCAAUCUUGGGUACAAAGGUCAUCAACACUCUAACGAACCGCGUUGUCAAAGUCUACGGUAAGGAGGAGCCCUUUAGGGCUCUGAACUUGGCCCUCUACCAAGGUCAGCCUGAGAAGAAGGGUGUUGUCACUGUACAGAUGGCUGCCAGUGAUAACCCUUUGUUGCAACAAGCUGAGGCUCGUGACUCGAUGCUUGUCGCAACAGGAUCAGGAAAAGUGCGCUUCUACAUGUUCACAAACGAUACCGACGUCAACAAAUCUGACCGCGACGUCCAUAACGAAAAACCGCGUACCAUCGCGACGAAACAACAAGCAGAGGCAGCAAAGGCCCAGACAGGCUCCUCCGCUACUAUCCACACAUCUAUGGGCGACAUUCAGAUACGUCUGUACCCAGAGCAUGCCCCGAAAGCAGUCGAGAACUUUACUGUUCACAGCAAAAACGACUACUACAACGGCAUCAUCUUCCACCGCAUUAUCCGCAAGUUUAUGAUUCAAACUGGUGACCCUCUAGGUGACGGUACUGGAGGUGACAGUAUAUGGGGCAGCAACUUUGAAGAUGAAUUCACUCCUGCUUUGCGUCACGACAAGCCCUACACAGUCAGCAUGGCAAAUGCUGGUAAGAACACCAAUGCCAGUCAAUUCUUCAUCACAACAGAAAAAACGCCGUGGUUGGAUGACAAGCACACGAUUUUCGGGCGCGUGGUCAGAGGCAUGGACGUGGUCCACAGAAUUGAAAAUGCUAAGGUGUGGAAGGAGAAGCCGAUGGAGGAUAUAAAGAUCAUUAGCAUCUCGGUGAGCUAG